UGGGGUGCGGAGCGGGACUUGGAGCAGCCGCCGCCGCUGCCACCGCCCACAGAACCUUCCUCGCGCCUGGUGCUGUCAGGACGAUGCGGCCGGGGCCGGGAGGCUGCUGCUGCCGCCGCCCGGUGCGGGCGAACGGCUGCGUGGCCAACGGGGAAGUGCGGAACGGAUACGUGAAGAGCAGCGCGGCAGCCGCAGCCGCCGCUGGCCAGAUCCAUCAUGUUACACAAAAUGGAGGACUAUAUAAAAGACCGUUUAAUGAAGCUUUUGAAGAAACACCAAUGCUGGUUGCUGUGCUCACAUAUGUGGGGUAUGGCGUACUCACCCUCUUUGGAUAUCUUCGAGAUUUCUUGAGGCAUUGGAGAAUUGAAAAGUGUCACCAUGCAACAGAAAGAGAAGAACAAAAGGACUUUGUGUCAUUGUAUCAAGAUUUUGAAAACUUUUAUACAAGGAACCUCUACAUGAGGAUAAGAGACAACUGGAAUCGGCCAAUCUGUAGUGUGCCUGGAGCCAGGGUGGACAUCAUGGAGAGACAGUCUCAUGAUUAUAACUGGUCCUUCAAGUAUACAGGGAAUAUAAUAAAAGGUGUUAUAAACAUGGGUUCCUACAACUAUCUUGGAUUUGCACGGAAUACUGGAUCAUGUCAAGAAGCAGCCGCCAAAGUCCUAGAGGAGUAUGGAGUUGGAGUGUGCAGCACUCGGCAGGAAAUUGGAAACCUGGACAAACAUGAAGAACUGGAGGAGCUUGUAGCAAGGUUCUUAGGAGUAGAAGCUGCUAUGGCGUAUGGCAUGGGUUUUGCAACGAAUUCAAUGAACAUUCCUGCUCUUGUUGGCAAAGGUUGCCUGAUUCUGAGUGAUGAACUGAACCAUGCAUCACUGGUUCUGGGAGCCAGACUAUCAGGAGCAACCAUUCGAAUCUUCAAACACAACAACAUGCAAAGCCUAGAGAAGCUAUUGAAAGAUGCCAUUGUUUAUGGUCAGCCUCGGACACGAAGGCCCUGGAAGAAAAUUCUAAUCCUUGUGGAAGGAAUAUAUAGCAUGGAAGGAUCUAUUGUUCGCCUUCCUGAAGUGAUUGCCCUCAAGAAGAAAUACAAGGCAUACUUGUAUCUGGAUGAGGCUCACAGCAUUGGGGCCUUGGGCCCCACAGGCCGGGGUGUGGUGGAGUACUUUGGCCUGGAUCCUGAGGAUGUGGAUGUUAUGAUGGGAACAUUCACAAAGAGUUUUGGUGCUUCUGGAGGAUACAUUGGAGGCAAGAAGGAGCUGAUAGACUACCUGCGAACACAUUCUCAUAGUGCGGUGUAUGCCACGUCACUGUCACCUCCCGUAGUGGAGCAGAUCAUCACCUCGAUGAAGUGUAUCAUGGGGCAGGAUGGCACCAGCCUUGGUAAAGAGUGUGUACAGCAGUUAGCUGAAAACACCAGGUAUUUCAGGAGACGCCUGAAAGAGAUGGGCUUCAUCAUCUAUGGAAAUGAAGACUCUCCAGUAGUGCCUUUGAUGCUCUACAUGCCUGCCAAAAUUGGCGCCUUUGGACGGGAGAUGCUGAAGCGGAACAUCGGUGUCGUUGUGGUGGGAUUUCCUGCUACCCCAAUUAUUGAGUCCAGAGCCAGGUUCUGCCUGUCAGCAGCUCAUACCAAAGAAAUACUUGAUACUGCUUUAAAGGAGAUAGAUGAAGUUGGGGACCUAUUGCAGCUGAAGUAUUCCCGUCAUCGGCUGGUGCCUCUACUGGACAGGCCCUUUGACGAGACGACCUAUGAAGAAACAGAAGACUGAGCCUUUUUGGUGCUCCCUCAGAGGAACUCUCCCUCGCCCAGGACAGCGUGUGGCCUUUGUGAGCCGGUUCCAGGAACCGCACUUCUGUGGCCAUCUCAUGUGAAAGACAUUUCCUCAACUACUGAAGGUGGCCAUCUCCACUCUAAAUGACAUUUUGUAAAUAGUAAAAACUGCUUCAAAUCCUUCCUUUGCUAAAUCUCACCUUUAAAAACAAAGGUGACUCACUUUGCUUUUUUGGUCCAUUAAAAAAACAUUUUAUUUUAUAACCA